AUGGCGUUCUUCCAGGCUGUCAAUGACACGGUCGUGAUCCGUUUCAACCUGGCCAGCGCUCCCGGAGCGGCCACGCUUCGCAUCUUGACGACCCUCAGGGCGUACUUUGGUUACGGCGAGAUAUAUACCGUCGGCAUCCCGGCUGGCAAGCUGGUUGCCGGCAGCAACACCAUCGCCGUCAGCUCUCUCUCUGGUAGCAGCGGUUCGACCUUCCUGAGUCGCAACUUCCUGAUCUGA